UCCUGUUUCUCGUGAAUUUAAUAUUGUGAACCCCGUAGUACUUCCUUUUUUUCAACAUGGGUUUCACGGAGAAGCCCAUCAUCAUUGAUGCCAGGGGGCAUUUAAUGGGACGUUUAGCUGCAGUAGUUUCCAAAACAAUUUUACAAGGACAAAGAGUGGUUGUUGUAAGAUGUGAAGGUAUCAACAUCUCUGGCAACUUCUUUAGAUCUAAGUUGAAGUAUCUUGACUACCUGAAGUUAAGAUGUAAUGUCAAGCCAUCCCGUGGCCCAUUUCAUUUUAGAGCUCCAAGCAAAGUAUUUUACAAAACAGUUAGAGGAAUGGUACCACAUAAACAAACCAGAGGAAAGGAAGCUCUGGCCAGACUAAAAGUGUUUGAGGGUAUUCCCCCACCAUACGACAAACAAAAGAGACAAGUGGUACCAUCUGCACUCAAAGUACUGAGACUGAAUCCAAUGAGGAAGUACUGUGAUCUGAACAGACUGUCACAUGAAGUUGGAUGGAAGUACCAGAGGGUUGUCUCAUCAUUGGAAGCCAGACGUAAAGUCAAAUCAAAGAGAUUCUAUGAGAGAAAGAAGAAAAUAGAGGCACUCCGAGAAAAGGCAAAGAAGAAUAUUGCAAAGAAAAUAUCACCAUACCAGAAAGUUAUAGAAAGCUAUGGCUACCAUUAAAAGACAAUAAACCUUCUGGAAAGAAUAAAUGAUUUUAUUAA